CGCACCCGCCGCUCCCCGGGCGGGCGGCGGCGGCGGGACAUGGCGGCGCACAAGCCCGUGGAGUGGGUGCAGGCCGUGGUGAACCGCUUCGACGAGCAGCUUCCAAUAAAGGCUUGCCAGCAGAAUACCCACACCAAAGUCAGCACGGAGCACAACAAGGAAUGUCUCAUCAACAUUUCCAAGUACAAGUUUUCCCUGGUCAUCAGUGGUCUCACCAAUAUAUUAAAAAAUGUUAAUAACAUGAGAAUAUUUGGAGAAACUGCUGAAAAGAAUUUAUAUCUAUCUCAGCUGAUUAUCUUGGAUACACUGGAAAAAUGUCUGGCAGGGCAACCGAAGGACACCAUGCGCCUGGACGAGACCAUGCUGGUGAAGCAGCUGCUGCCCGAGAUCUGCCACUUCAUCCACACCUACCGCGAGGGCAACCAGCACGCGGCCGAGCUGCGCAGCUCUGCCUCGGGCGUGCUCUUCUCGCUCAGCUGCAACAACUUCAACGCCGUCUUCAGCCGCAUCUCCACCAGAUUACAGGAACUGACUGUUUGUUCAGAAGAUAAUGCUGAUGUUCAUGAUAUUGAACUUUUACAGUACAUCAGUGUGGAUUGUUCAAAACUCAAGCGACUCUUGCAAGAGACUGUAUUCAAGUUUAAAGCUCUAAAGAAAGUAGCUCAGUUAGCUGUUAUCAACAGUCUUGAGAAGGCAUUUUGGAACUGGGUGGAAAACUAUCCUGAUGAAUUCACAAAGCUGUACCAAACCCCCCAGACUGACAUGGCUGAUUGUGCUGAGAAGUUGUUUGAUUUAGUGGAUGGCUUUGCUGAAAGCACGAAACGUAAAGCAGCAGUGUGGCCACUGCAGAUCAUCCUCCUGGUCCUGUGUCCAGAGAUAAUCCAAGAUAUAGCAAAGGAUGUGGUAGAGGAAACUAAAAUGAACAAGAAGCUGUUCCUGGACAAUCUCAGGAAGGCCCUGGCAGGACACAGUGGGAGCAGGCAGCUGACUGAAAGUGCUGCUAUUGCUUGUGUUAAACUGUGCAAAGCAUCUACGUACAUCAACUGGGAAGAUAAUUCUGUCAUUUUCCUGCUAGUGCAGUCCAUGGUAGUAGAUCUUAAGAAUUUGCUGUUUAACCCAAGCAAACCUUUUUCAAGAGGCAAUCAGAAUGCAGAUGUAGACCUGAUGAUUGACUGCUUGGUUUCCUGCUUCCGCAUAAAUCCUCACAAUAACCAACACUUCAAGAUCUGCUUGGCACAGAAUUCCCCAUCAACAUUUCAUUAUGUGCUGGUAAAUUCACUCCACCGAAUCAUCACAAACUCGGCGCUGGACUGGUGGCCGCGGAUCGACGCCGUGUACUGCCACGCCGUGGAGCUGCGCAGCAUGUUCAGCGACACGCUGCACCGCGCCAUGCAGGGCUGCGGGGCGCACCCUGCCAUCCGCAUGACCCCGAGCCUUACAUUUAAGGAGAAAAUGACAAGCCUUAAAUUUAAAGAAAAACCUACUGAUUUGGAAACCAGAAGCUACAAGUUCUUGUUGUUGUCCUUGGUGAAACUGAUCCAUGCAGAUCCAAAGCUUUUGCUGUGUAACCCCAGGAAGCAGGGCCCCGACUCGCAGGGCAGCACGGCCGAGCUGAUCACGGGGCUGGUGCAGCUGGUGCCGCAGUCCAGCAUGCCCGACAUCGCCCAGGAGGCCAUGGAGGCCUUGCUGGUUCUGCACCAGUUGGACAGCAUUGACUUGUGGAAUCCUGAUGCUCCUAUAGAAACAUUCUGGGAGAUCAGUUCACAAAUGCUUUUUUAUAUCUGCAAGAAGCUCACAAGUCAUCAGAUGCUCAGCAGUACAGAAAUCCUCAAGUGGCUGCGAGAGAUUCUCAUCUGUAGGAAUAAAUUUCUGCUAAAAAACAAACAAUCAGAUAGGAGUUCCUGCCACUUCCUUUUCCUUUAUGAUGUCUCUGGAAGUGGAACUAGUCAAAUUUCUCUUGACCAUGAGGAAAUGAUGCGCUGUGCACCAGGGGCUGCCCUGAGGAAAGCAAAGGGGAAUUCUUCCAUAGAGAGCACUGCAGGCUGCAGCGGAACCCCGAUCUGCCGCCAAGCCCAGACCAAGCUGGAAGUGGCCUUAUACAUGUUCCUGUGGAGCCCAGAUAUCGAGGCAGUCCUGGUGGCCAUGUCCUGCUUCCGUCACCUCUGUGAGGAGGCUGACAUCAGAUGUGGAGUAGAUGAGGUCUCAGUGCAUAAUUUUUUGCCAAACUACAACACUUUCAUGGAGUUUGCAUCUGUGAGCAACAUGAUGUCAACAGGAAGAGCAGCUCUUCAGAAGAGAGUGAUGGCGUUAUUGAGGCGCAUUGAACACCCCACUGCAGGCAACACAGAGGCCUGGGAGGAUACUCAUGCAAAAUGGGAACAAGCUACAAAACUAAUCCUUAACUAUCCAAAGACCAAAAUGGAAGAUGGGCAGGUGACCGAGAGCCUGCACAAGACGAUCGUGAAGCGGCGCAUGUCGCACGUCAGCGGCGGCGGCUCCAUCGACCUGUCGGACACGGAGUCGCUGCAGGAGUGGAUCAACAUGACAGGGUUCCUGUGUGCCCUGGGCGGGGUGUGCCUGCAGCACCGCAGCAGCGCGGGGCUGGCCACCUACAGCCCCCCCAUGGGCCCCCUCAACGAGCGCAAGGGCUCCAUGAUCUCCAUGGUCUCCACCGAGGGCAGCGUGGAGACCCCGGUCAGCAAAUUCAUCGACCGCCUGCUCACCCUCAUGGUCUGCAACCACGAGAAGGUGGGGCUGCAGAUCCGCACCAACAUCAAAGACCUGGUGGGGCUGGAGCUCAGUCCAGCGCUCUAUCCGAUGCUCUUCAACAAACUGAAGAAUACCAUCAGCAAGUUCUUUGAUUCCCAAGGACAGGUCUUGUUAACUGACACCAACACACAAUUUGUAGAGCAAACCAUUGCUAUAAUGAAGAAUUUGCUUGACAAUCACACAGAAGGGAGCUCAGAACACCUUGGCCAAGCAAGCAUUGAGACAAUGAUGCUGAAUCUGGUUAGGUAUGUGCGUGUGCUUGGAAAUCUGGUACAUGCCAUUCAAAUAAAAACAAAGCUCUGUCAGUUGGUAGAAGUAAUGAUGGAGAGGAGAGAUGACCUUUCAUUUUGUCAAGAAAUGAAAUUUAGGAACAAAAUGGUGGAAUAUUUGACAGACUGGGUAAUGGGAACUUCUAAUCAAGCAACAGAUGAGGAUGUGAAAUGCUUGACCAGAGAUUUGGACCAGGCGAGUAUGGAAGCAGUGGUCUCUCUUCUUGCUGGGCUUCCACUCCAGCCUGAAGAAGGAGAUGGUGUUGAGUUGAUGGAAGCAAAAUCUCAAUUAUUUCUCAAGUACUUCACGCUGUUCAUGAACCUGCUGAACGACUGCAGCGAGGCGGAGGAGGAGGGCGCGGCGGCGGGCGGGCGCAAGCGCGGCAUGUCGCGCAGGCUGGCGUCGCUGCGGCACUGCACCGUGCUGGCCAUGUCCAACCUGCUCAACGCCAACGUGGACAGCGGCCUCAUGCACUCCAUAGGCCUGGGCUAUCAUAAAGACCUCCAGACCAGAGCCACCUUCAUGGAAGUCCUCACCAAGAUCCUGCAGCAGGGGACGGAGUUUGAUACCUUGGCAGAAACAGUGCUAGCGGAUCGCUUUGAGAGAUUGGUGGAGCUGGUUACGAUGAUGGGUGAUCAGGGGGAGCUUCCCAUUGCUAUGGCUUUAGCCAAUGUGGUGCCUUGUUCUCAGUGGGAUGAGCUGGCUCGUGUCCUGGUCACACUCUUUGAUUCCCGGCACCUGCUCUACCAGCUCCUCUGGAAUAUGUUCUCAAAGGAGGUCGAGUUGGCAGACUCCAUGCAAACACUCUUCCGAGGAAACAGCUUAGCCAGUAAAAUAAUGACUUUCUGUUUUAAGGUCUAUGGUGCUACAUAUUUGCAGAAGCUGUUGGAACCCUUGCUGCGGACUGUGAUCACAUCCCCUGACUGGCAGCACGUCAGCUUUGAGGUGGAUCCAACAAGGCUGGAGCCCACAGAGAGCCUUGAAGAGAACCAGAGGAGUCUCUUGCAAAUGACAGACAAGUUUUUUCAGGCAAUCAUAAAUUCCUCCUCGGAGUUCCCACCCCAGCUGCGCAGUGUGUGCCAUUGUUUAUACCAGGCAACUUGCCACUCUCUACUGAAUAAAGCUACCGUAAAAGAAAAAAAGGAAAACAAAAAAUCAGUGGUGAGCCAGCGCUUCCCCCAGAACAGCAUCGGGGCCGUGGGCAGCGCCAUGUUCCUGCGCUUCAUCAACCCCGCCAUCGUGUCCCCGUACGAGGCGGGCAUCCUGGACAAGAAACCGCCGCCCCGCAUCGAGCGCGGCCUCAAGCUCAUGUCCAAGAUCCUUCAGAGCAUUGCCAACCACGUGCUGUUCACAAAGGAGGAGCACAUGCGGCCUUUCAAUGACUUUGUGAAGAGCAAUUUUGAUGCGGCGCGAAGGUUUUUCCUGGACAUCGCGUCCGACUGCCCGGCCAGCGACACCGUCAACCACAGCCUGUCGUUCAUCAGCGACGGCAACGUGCUGGCCCUGCACCGCCUGCUCUGGAACAACCAGGAGAAAAUCGGCCAGUACCUGUCCAGCAACAGGGACCACAAGGCUGUUGGACGACGACCUUUUGACAAGAUGGCAACGCUUCUUGCCUACCUGGGGCCUCCUGAGCACAAACCUGUGGCAGAUACACAUUGGUCCAGCUUAAAUCUCACUAGUUCCAAGUUUGAGGAGUUUAUGACAAGGCAUCAGGUACAUGAGAAAGAGGAGUUCAAAGCACUGAAAACAUUAAAUAUUUUCUACCAAGCUGGGACAUCCAAAGUUGGCAAUCCUGUUUUCUACUACAUCGCUCGGCGGUUCAAGACUGGUCAGAUCAACGGGGAUUUGCUGAUCUACCACGUGCUGCUGACCCUGAAGCCAUACUAUGCAAAGCCAUAUGAAAUUGUGGUGGACCUCACACACGCUGGCCCCAGUAAUCGCUUUAAAACAGACUUUCUUUCUAAAUGGUUUGUAGUUUUUCCAGGCUUUGCUUAUGAAAAUGUUGCAGCAGUUUUUAUUUAUAACUGUAACUCUUGGGUCAGAGAAUACACCAAAUACCAUGAAAGGCUCUUGACAGGUUUGAAAGGGAGCAAAAGGCUUGUUUUCAUAGACUCUCCAGGGAAGCUGGCAGAGCACAUCGAACACGACCAGCAGAAACUCCCAGCAGCUACCUUGGCUUUGGAGGAGGACUUGAAAGUGUUUCACAAUGCUCUCAAACUGGCUCAUAAAGACACCAAAGUUUCUAUUAAAGUUGGCUCGACCGCGGUGCAGGUGACGUCGGCGGAGCGCACGCGGGUGCUGGGCCAGACCGUGUUCCUCAACGACAUCUACUACGCCUCUGAGAUCGAGGAGAUCUGCCUGGUGGAUGAGAACCAGUUCACCCUGACCAUUGCCAACCAGGGCACCCCACUGACCUUCAUGCACCAGGAGUGCGAGGCCAUCGUCAGGUCCAUCAUCCACAUCCGCACGCGCUGGGAGCUGUCGCAGCCCGACUCCAUCCCCCAGCACACCAAGAUCCGCCCCAAGGACGUGCCCGGGACGCUGCUCAACAUCGCCCUGCUCAACCUGGGCAGCUCCGACCCCAGCCUGCGGUCUGCUGCCUAUAAUCUUCUAUGUGCCUUAACCUGUACCUUUAAUUUAAAGAUUGAGGGCCAGUUACUGGAAACUUCAGGUCUGUGUAUUCCUGCCAACAACACACUAUUUAUUGUAUCUAUCAGUAAGACUCUUGCAGCAAAUGAGCCACACCUCACCUUGGAGUUCUUGGAGGAGUGUAUUUCAGGAUUUAGCAAAUCCAGCAUUGAGCUGAAGCACCUGUGCCUGGAGUACAUGACCCCCUGGCUGUCCAACCUGGUGCGCUUCUGCAAGCACAACGACGACGCCAAGCGCCAGCGCGUCACCGCCAUCCUGGACAAGCUCAUCACCAUGACCAUCAACGAGAAGCAGAUGUACCCUUCCAUUCAGGCCAAGAUAUGGGGCAGCCUGGGACAGAUAACAGAUCUCCUGGAUGUAGUGUUGGACAGUUUCAUCAAAACCAGUGCCACGGGGGGCUUGGGCUCCAUCAAAGCUGAGGUGAUGGCAGACACAGCUGUAGCACUGGCUUCUGGCAAUGUCAAACUGGUGUCAAGCAAAGUGAUUGGGAGGAUGUGUAAAAUCAUUGACAAGACCUGUCUGUCCCCCACACCCACGCUGGAGCAGCACCUGAUGUGGGAUGACAUUGCCAUUCUGGCUCGGUACAUGCUCAUGCUCUCCUUCAACAACUCCCUGGACGUGGCUGCACAUCUGCCCUACCUCUUCCACGUGGUGACUCUGCUGGUGGCCACGGGGCCCCUUUCCCUCAGAGCUUCCACUCACGGGCUCGUCAUCAACAUCAUUCACUCUCUUUGCACUUGUUCACAGCUCCACUUCAGUGAGGAGACCAAGCAAGUUUUAAGGCUGAGCUUGACCGAGUUCUCCCUGCCCAAGUUUUAUUUGCUGUUUGGGAUCAGCAAAGUGAAGUCGGCGGCGGUGAUCGCGUUCCGCUCCAGCUACCGCGACCGCUCCUUCUCGCCCGGCUCCUACGAGCGAGAGACCUUCGCCCUCACCUCGCUGGAGACGGUCACCGAGGCCCUGCUGGAGAUCAUGGAGGCUUGUAUGAGGGAUAUUCCAACAUGCAAGUGGCUGGACCAGUGGACUGAACUAGCUCAAAAGUUUGCAUUCCAGUAUAACCCCUCCCUGCAGCCAAGAGCAUUGGUUGUCUUUGGCUGUAUAAGUAAACGAGUGUCUCAUGGACAAAUAAAACAAAUAAUCCGAAUUCUCAGCAAGGGACUUGAGAGCUGUUUAAAAGGCCCUGAUAAUUAUAAUAGCCAAGUUCUAAUAGAAGCCACAGUUAUAGCCCUCACCAAGCUGCAGCCUCUUCUUAACAAGGACUCCCCUAUGCACAAGGCUCUGUUCUGGGUGGCCAUGGCCGUGCUGCAGCUGGAUGAGGUGAACCUGUACUCGGCAGGGACAGCCCUGCUGGAGCAGAACCUGCACACCCUGGACAGCCUGCGCGUGUUCAACGACAAGAGCCCAGAAGAAGUGUUCAUGGAGAUCAGGAGACCACUCGAAUGGCACUGCAAACAGAUGGAUCAUUUUGUUGGGCUAAAUUUCAACUCCAACUUUAACUUUGCACUAGUGGGACAUCUCCUGAAAGGGUACAGGCAUCCUUCCCCUACCACUGUAGCAAGAACAGUGAGGAUUUUGCACACACUCCUUGCUCUGGUUAACAAACACAGGAACUGUGACAAGUUCGAGGUGAACACCCAGAGCGUGGCUUACCUGGCAGCCCUGCUGACGGUGUCGGAGGAGGUGCGGAGCCGCUGCAGCCUCAAGCACAGGAAGUCUCUCUUGCUGACAGACGUGUCAAUGGAAAAUGUUCCCAUGGACACAUUCCCCAUCCAUCACAGUGACACUAGCUAUAGGACACUAAAGGAACACCAGCCCUGGUCAUCCCCCAAGGGGUCAGACAGACACCUGGCUGCCAGUUACCCAACAGUGGGACAGAUCAGCCCUCGCACCCGGAAAUCCAUGAGCUUGGACAUGGGGCAGCCUUCACAAGCCAACACUAAAAAGCUUCUAGGUACAAGGAAAAGUUUUGACCAUUUGAUAUCGGACACAAAGGCUCCUAAAAGGCAAGACAUGGAAUCUGGAAUCACAACGCCUCCCAAAAUGAGGAGAGUAGCCGAAAAUGAUUAUGAAAUGGAAACCCAGAGAAUAUCACCACAGCAGCACCCACACCUCCGGAAAGUUUCCGUUUCCGAGUCAAACGUCCUCCUGGAUGAAGAAGUUCUGACUGACCCAAAAAUUCAAGCUCUGCUGCUUACAGUUCUUGCCACGCUGGUGAAAUACACCACGGACGAGUUCGACCAGCGCAUCCUCUACGAGUAUUUAGCAGAGGCCAGCGUUGUCUUCCCAAAGGUCUUUCCUGUUGUGCAUAAUUUAUUGGAUUCCAAGAUCAAUACCCUUUUAUCGCUGUGCCAGGACCCAAACUUGUUGAAUCCAAUUCAUGGGAUUGUGCAGAGUGUUGUGUACCAUGAGGAGUCUCCACCCCAAUACCAAACAUCCUAUCUACAGAGUUUUGGAUUUAAUGGGCUGUGGAGGUUUGCUGGCCCCUUCUCCAAGCAAACCCAAAUCCCAGACUAUGCAGAACUCAUCGUAAAGUUCCUGGAUGCGUUGAUUGACAUCUAUUUGCCUGGAAUUGAUGAGGAAACCAGUGAAGAAUCUCUCCUGACCCCCACCUCUCCGUAUCCUCCAGCGGUGCAGAGCCAGCUCAGCAUCACUGCAAACCUCAAUCUCUCCAACUCCAUGACCUCACUUGCCACUUCCCAGCACUCCCCAGCUUCUCUGCCUUGCUCUAAGUCUGCAGUUUUCAUGCAGCUGCCUCAUCCAGGGAUCGACAAGGAGAACGUGGAGCUCUCGCCCACCGCCGGCCACGCCAACAGCGGGAGGAUGCGCCACGGCUCCGCCAGCCAAGUGCAGAAGCAGCGAAGCGCCGGCAGCUUCAAGCGUCACAGCAUCAAAAAGAUCGUGUGAUUGUCGCUUUUUAAUUUUAUUUUUUUAUUUUCGGACCUGACUGACACGCGCGGCCCCUCGCGAAGGGCCCUCCACCGGGUGUGAUGCUGCACUUGACCUGUACAGUUCCCAUGCAGCCGCGUUGCCAGAUGAUCAACUCCUGACCCACUGCCUGAGUUAACGCCUUCCAUCCCCCUGCCGGGCUCCAGCCGCGUUCAGAGCCACGCCUGUGCCCCGCGCCAGGCUGGAGUUCGGUAGCGCUGCAGAGCCGCGUCCUGUUCCAAUCCAAAGCCAUUCCCCAGCCCUGCCAUGUCUGCUCUGGCCUCAGGUGUUCCUGCUAAGGGAAGUGUUGAUCCUUGACCCCGUUUGCACGCCUCAAGGUAAUAGUGGCUUCCUGAGCCAGGGAAGUUUCUCUAACCCUGGUUUUAAUCCAAACUAUAAGAUUUUAGCUGUGUACUUUUUUUUUUUUACCACACUGAGAAGAAGUUCACGAUAGCUGCAGUACAAGGAGCUUAACAGAAGUGGUGGAUUAGGUUAAAUUUCAGGUAAUUAGCAAUAAAGGGGAGAGGAAAAGGAGGCUGCAGGAGUCCCUCAUUCCCCAGACCAAGCUUCACACACUUGGACUGUACAUGGACCAGACUGGACAAACUGGCUUUUUUCCAAAGCUUUUCUUUUUUUCUUUUUUGGCUGUACUUUAUCUUCCCUGAGCAAGUUGUACAGGGGAAAAUCCCUGGGAACUCGAACUGUCAUUGUAGCACCUGCUUUAGUUCUGCCCUUCCCAACAAUGUGCACCUUCAAGAGCUCCUGGCAGAAUAUCCAGUGGGGAAUGGAGGGAAAAUGGGAUGGAUCCAUACCCGGCUCUGGGGGAUAGUGUGUGGCAAAGCUGCCCCUGUGCUGCCCGAGCAGGGACAGAAGCAGCCACGUCCGCUCAAGGUACAUGAAUUUAAAUUAACUGACACUGUGUCCAGUCCCAGGGAGGUGUGGCGGAGGUGCAGUCCCCUCCCGGGCGGGUUCAGGGCUCCUGCGGGGCUCACACAAACCUGAGGCUGCGGUGGCGGUCGGGAGCUGCCGGCUGGCGGGGCAGGAGCCGGUGCCCGGUGCCGGUGGUGCCCGCAGUGCCCGGUGCCGGCGGUGCCCCGUGCCGGGGCUGGUCCCGCUGCGGGUGCCAGUGCCCCGCGGGCUGCAGUCCAGGCAGGGGCUGUGUCCCUGGGGCUCACACGGCUCCUGCUCAGAAACAGAUCCGCUUCCCGGUUUCACAUCCCUCUGCUGGGGUAGGAGUUAACAAUCCUUCGAUGGCUUUAAAGGAAAAAAAAGUAUAUCCAUUAGGUAAAAGCCAGUCCUCCAGUGCAAUCGUUAGUGGCUUUCAGUAAAUCAAACUCCACAGCUAAAUUAUUAGAGAAUGGUACAAUUCAGGGUUCCAAUUUAUUGCUAUAGCACAUAAUUCCCAUGUAUCCACACAGUAACAAUGUAACAUUUAUGUAAAUAAAAAUACCUUUAUUGUAUUGAUUCAUAAAAUAACAAUUUCUUUAAUUUGUUUACAGUCCUGGAAAAACUAUGAACACAAACUUCAUAUGCAAGUAGUUUGCCAAAACAAGAGGAAAACUUAGAAUUACAAGUCAUGGAAUAAACAGGCUAGAAAGGUGAACUGGUGCAAUUAACCAAAUCCCUCACUCGGGUGGUGCAGGCACCAGGGCAGGAACAUGGUCACUGGUGACACAGAGUGGGGUCUAAGCAGGGCCACGAGGCUGAGCUGGGCUCAGGGACAGAGCAGGGGCUCAAGCGCCUUGGGUUUGGGGUCGCCAGGUUAGAAACCAUUGUCAUCUCACAACUCAGAUUGUGAGGAGCCACCCCUGGUGUAACUGGGGUUUGCACUGGAUUGUGCCCAGUCGAGCUGGUUUCAGCCCUUCCCGUUUUGCUGAGGACAAGGAAUUGUAGAAGCCUGAGGAUUUGUAUGUAGGAGGAAAACAACCUCUUGUAAAGGUGGUGUGCUGUUUUCAGUUGUUUCUCAUAUGAGCAGGUCUCCUGCAAACAGGAACAGUAAUUCCAGAGGAACUGCCUGACUGACUUUGUUUGGGCAGAGAGCAAGCCCUUCACUGUUGUGCAUCGCCCAUGUCAGAAGUGUCCCUCCAUCAGAACUGCUGUGUUCUCUGCAGCACAGAGAUGUGGCAGCAGAGGGGACAGGGAUCAAAGUCACCUUCCCUGUGAGAACUACUCCAGCCUCUCAGUCCCAGCUGGAAAAAAUGGUCUCUUCCUAAAGUCAGUUGAACAAAACUGAAUUUCCUCUUUCCUGGAAGGAGUUGGUUGGAGUUUUCCCUGUGUGAGAGGUUCAGUGAGAGGGCCUGGACUCUGGCAGAGGUAUCAGACACCUGUGUCAGGUAAUGGGUGAAUUGGGGUGUAAGGACUGCUGCUGGCCAAGGUUGGAUUUGGGAUCGUGGGCCCUGAUAGACAGGAACGUUGUCUCCUAGUACUGGUGCUUGGGAAGCUUGUGCUUGGCUCCCAGGGAACCAUGGCCUUUGUGUAAUGAUUAAACUCCCAUCAGUAAUUAGUUGUUGAGUGCCUUACUGUCAGUACAUCGCUCUCCUGCUCCCUCCAGCAGCCACUGCUGGGAUUUGCCUCUUUUUCUUUCUCACAUCCUCCUUCCUUUGUUCUUUCCCUGUUUGAGCACUCUCCAUCCCAUCCCAUCCCAUCCCUGGGAGCUCUGCUCCCAUCCCGGGCUGCUCCAUCCUUUCUCCACCUGCUGCUCUGUUCUCUGGUGAGCAGCAGGUUGUUGCUGGUGACAGUGUGGGUGUGAGCCCUGACCUGACAGGGAGCCCCAUCCCAGGGUCCCCAGUGCCCCACGCUCGGGGCAGCCCACGGGCCACUGGCAGUGCCUGCUGCUCCAGGCUCUGCUGCUCCAGGCUCUGCUGCAGGGCUGGAGCUGCAGCCCCAGACUCCCUGUGCUCUGACACGAAAACUUACAAUUCAGAAAAAUCCUAUUGGAACACGUGGACCAUGUAAGGCCCUCCCGGGGAGCAUGUGUGACCCCCUGGCUCAGAGCCCGUUCCCUGCCCCACACUGACCACAGCUCAGUACUGUAAGGACAAUUAACAUUCUGUUUGUGUUUGUAUUUUCCCUGACUUAAAGAUAACUCAGUAGUAUUUGAAUAGUGCAUAACCUACCUGUAAUGAUGCCGACGUUUCUGCUUUCCCAUGCAUGAGGUUUCCCAGGACAGGGAACAAUUCACUGAGUCUGAGGGCUGAGCCCCUGGUUCAUGCCAGGGCUGGCUCUGACCUGACCCGGGUUGUAGGUUUUAGGGCUUUUUCUGUUUCAUUCUAAGGUUAAUUUUUUCCGAAGUCACAAAGCACGUCCUAUUGUUAUGCAACAAACCACAGACAGUCACUCAGAGUGUUGGUCCCACCUUUUUUUUUAUGCAGUAUAUUCACCUGUAAAUAGGUUUUGUGUAAAAUUUGACAGAAAAGUAUAUUUACUACACUGUAAAUACAUGUGACAAUAUAUUGUAUUAUUUUGCUUUUUUUGUAAAGCAGUUAGUUGCUGUAUAUGUAUAACAUACAAAUUUGAUUAUUCUAGUGUUAGUAACUGUUAACUACUCCUCUUCCUCCUGCUGGUGCAUUCCGUCAUUUAAAGCAGAAGCUGUGUCCGACACACUCACCCUGUGUAUGAUCUCACUGCUUCCAUUGGCCUCAGCUUCCCAGGGGUUUCCACGAUGCCAGUCCUGGCCGUGCUUACAAAGCCAGCCUGGAGAGCCCGCUGGCCCCAGGCUGCUGGGAGCUGUGGGUCACAGUGGUGGAAACCUGCUUUCAGAUAAUUAUUGUUCACCCCAUUCUCCCCUCAUGUAUGUACUUCCCCCUUUUUUUUGAAGUAAAAUGUAAAUUCAACCUGCUCCCAGUUGUUUGAAGGUCAUUCCGGGGCUGCAAGGUGAAGGUGGUGGACGCUGAUGUCCUCUCUCUGUUGGAACAAGUUUGGGUGGGUUCUCUGGGGCUGAACCAAGGCACCCAGCCCAGUUACAGAGCCCAACACCCCAAAUUUCUGGGGAAAUUCAGAUUCCAGUUAAAACUGAGUGUCUGGGGUUUGUCUUCCCAGACUGGUGCUGCUCUGGGUGUGGGAUCCUGCACAGAUCUGAGAUUACCUGUGGUGACUGAGGAAGAAAAAAGCCCAUUGUCAUGAAUUUCAUGUCACUUUAAUAAGAUUAUCAUAACUGAAUAAUAAAUCAGAAUAUUUCUUUUUAAAAUGUAAAUUUAAUAUUGUAAUAAAACAGCUGCUUGGUCUUUAAAGAACAAUUCAGUAUAAUUUGUCUAUUUGAGCUUUUUUUGCCUAGGAGCUUGAGGUUUCAGUUGUCAGGCAACUUCUCUGACAAAUGAUUAAUCACAUCUAUUUUUCUUUUAGGGGGAUACAUUACUUCCCCAUUAAAAGUGUCUAAGUACUUAUAUUCUGACUUUGUGAAUCGUAAAAGUAUGUAAAGACACAUUAAAGUGUGACUGCAUUGA